GGUCGGAGCCUAUGUAAACUCGGGAUAGGCUCGUUUGCACCCUACCUCUAAUAAACAGAGGAAAGCCUUUCAAACAAAAAACCAGAGGAAAGCUGCGUAGAAGAAGAUCGCCGUAGCCACCUCCGGAGAAACCAUCGGAAUCACACUUCCAGAUGAGGGAUCCAUCUUCAAUCUUGCGUUGUAACAAGUAAUAUACGGAGUAUGUUAGUUGUACACCGAUACAGUUUCUACUUCAAACAGUAUGUUUUAAAAUAUACGGAGUACUUGUUUCUAAAAUACUCAACGGUGGCUGAGUGGCUCGCUCGUCAUUCACUUUUUGUUAGCGAAGCUCUCACAUUGUGGCUAAACGGAUCGCAGGGGCCAAGCUAUCAGCGACCAUGGAGGACAAAAUUGCUGGCCUGGAAAAACAAAUGGAGGAACAGAAUCGGAAAAACAGACGGAGGAACUGAAGUGGAUACGCUAUUAAUGCUAUUACAGAAAAGGAGCAAAGAGGAAGAAGCUCAGCCCAUACCUGCAUAUCACACGCACUCACAUGCUCUACAAGCCCUUGCCUCAUCAGUUAGGUCAAGGCUCAAGCAGUUUGCGGGGAUGAACAUAUUUAAAAAGAUGGCCUUAAGGGUCAUAGCUGAACAUCUUUCAGCUGAAGAGGUAAAAUUGAUUCGAAUUGCGUUCACUCUUUUGGAUACUGACCAUGAUGGAAGGAUUACAUACACCGAGUUGAGUGCUGGGCUAAGAAGGGCUGAUAUUGAUGGGAAAGGUUACUUGGAUUAUGGGGAGUUUGUGGCAGUGGCAAUCCACCUACAAAAGAUGAAGAUUGACAAGCACUUUCAAAGUGCUUUUUGGCACUUUGAUAAGAAUAGAAGCUUCUAUGUUGAACCGGAUGAGCUACGAUAAAGGUUGGCGACCAAAUCAGGAGAACUUGAUGCACAAAUUCUAAAUCUGAUCAUGAGCGAAGUUGAUACUGACAAGGUAUGCUCCCUUCACUAUCCGUAGUGUUUAUCCAAAUCUUGGAUGUUAAUGGAUCACAAACAUGUUUCUGACAUCUAUCUUGUAUGAUAGGAUGGUCGUAUAAACAUGAUUCAUACUGUUUAUUCAGCAUACAAAAAACAACUUCAUAUACAAAUAUCAUUUUAUCCCGACAUACAUCUUAACCUACAUAGACGUCUUAAUUCAGACAGGACUUGCUAGAAAAAGAGUAAAAAACCCUUCAAUUUAAUAUAAAUCCCACUUGAUAACAAUAAAAUUGAUCAAAUCGACUUAUUAUUUUGAAAUUGAUUAAGUUGUCUGAAUGGGAUGCAUAAUUAUAUUUUAAUUUUAAUAGUGAGAAAUUCAAAUGCCUUUACUCGUUAUUUUACUCAUUAUUUCGUGACAUUGAAAAUGCUUAAAAGUGUAGUUUUAAAAUGAGAUUUUUACAUAAAUUUUACCAAUAGUAAAUGGGGUUACAAAAAAGUGACUAUUAAUAUGGAACACGUAUGGCAUCAUGAGAGUAAGUUAGGGCAAAAAGUCAUAUUUUUGUUAGUGGGGUUUAAAGUAAUAAUAUUUGUGUAAUUUUUUCUUUUAUAAAAUUUCAAAAUUCUUUUCUCAAUUGGACAAUUGUAAUUUUCAUAAACUAAUACGGAGUAAAAAUAGAAGUUUGAAGAGUCCAGGGAUUCCAUACAUAUUCCACCUUCCAUGCUCAAUUCAAAUGCCAGAUCCACCCAGAACACUGUAGUCCCUAGCACAUUUCUGGUGAGUGAGAUUCUUUCGAUCUGCAUUAUUCCAAAUGCCAUUGGGUUUUUGUUGAUGGUAAAUGGUUUAAGUAAUAAUAUCACCUCAUCGUGUUUAUUCGUAAUAGGGGUACCGUUGUUCUGUAUUCAUUGGUGAUGGUAAUCAGUAUUUUAUUAACUGAUCAUUGUUGUCGUUCGUAUUCUCGCAGAAGGGGUACCAUUGUUUUGUACAUUCAAUAGAAAAUCAACUAUGAUUAAUACUUUUUUUUAUCUACUUUUGUAUAUUUUGUUUUUCAGUCUUGAUAUAAUAAAAAUAGAUAAAAACAUAUCUAGUUUGUUGCACUACACGAGUUCGUACAAAUUUAAAAAAUUGAGUUCAAACAAAUGUUUUAUCACCACCUUCCAAAUUUCUUUUAGAAAAUAACACAUCUAUCUCAAAUGCUAUCAAAAUCCGAUAUAGGUAAAUAAGUAGAGAUGUGAAAUAAAAAAAUCAAAUGAUGAAUAAUAAAAAAUUAAACAACAUGUAAAUCAGACCAUUCUGGAGAAACACUUCUUCAACUUCCUUUCCAUGUCCUUGGCAAGUUUGAAAAGACUUCCCUGUAAACAAUGUUUCGGAUGUGCCUUUUGUAUUGUUGGUUGGAAUCAUCAAUGAAGAAGUGUAACCCUUAUGGAGAAGUUGUUCGAGAUGCUGCCACAUACAAUUGGCCGUGACUGAAAACAGGUUUCGGCAGUACAAAUGGUAUGAGCACUUCCUUCUUCACGCUGGUAAAUUUCGAGGAAUGCUGCCAUGCUGGUGGAUCUCUCAAUCUAGGCAAUCGGACCUUACCCUCAUAAAAACACAAAUUGAAUCUUAUGUUGCUCCGGGUACUUGUGCUUUUCACUCUCUCAUCGUACCACAUAAUUGCGUCCCAGUAUGUGCACUUAUAUUCUGCUGCUCUCAAGCUGAGAUAUGUAUGUCUUGUAUCUGGAACAAAUCACAAUAUCUAUCAUUUUUCAGUUGUCUAUUUCUCAAUCUAUCUUGGUUGCUACAUCUUAUAAUCUUAUCCUAUAUUAUGAUAUUCCAUUUGCAUAUAUAAUUGGAUUUUUAUCCCAGGCCUAAAAAAACACAGAUAAACAAUGAUGGUAUCUGAAGAAGGUAUGUCUAGCUCCAUAGUUAUUUGUAGUUUCAUUAAAGGUCUUUUCCACUUAGUACAAUUGAUUUUCUGAAAAUCAUAAAUCGGGUGUCAUUGGUUUCAUACAGUUUAAGGCAUUAAUAAUUGUGAGCAGAAGCUUAGUGGUUCUAUAGUAUUUGUCACCAUGGAAAAGUUGAGUAUUCAUCUAAACUUUAUGCGAUCUCAUAUGCAUUCUUUACUUCAUAUAGCAUGUACGUAGUAUUUUUGUUGCUUUUGUCUAACUUAAAUGAAGUACUGUUAACCUGUAUUUUGUGUAUCUCUGUUUCCAUCCGAUCUUCUUGUUUUUCUUUUCUCCAAAAUUAUUUGUCUACGUCUUUUUCUAGCUGUGCGACAGAGCUCAAUUUGUGAUGCUGCUUGAGACAUUUUUUGUAUUCCACAGUUUUGUGAUGUACUACGUAGUAUAUACUAGUAUAUAUAUUGAUAUGUGGAGUAGCCUGGCAUUUAAUUUCUAUUAAUGUUCGCAGGUAUCUAUUUUCAAUUAGGAAGGUAGUUUUAAACUGGAAACAAACUUAAAUGUAAAUCAUUAAUAUAAGCACGAAUAGGAUUACAAAUAAAUUUUAUUCCUCGUCUCGAUUAGAAAUAGAUUUUAUUCCUAAUCUCGAUUAGAAAUAGAUUUUACUCCUAGUAUGAUUUGGUCUGAUUUGGUCUGGUUUGAUCUGAUCUGAUUUGUUCUAGUUUUCUAUGGUUCAAUCUAUGGUUUGAAGUGAUCUAGUUUGAUAGUUGUCUAUUUUAUGUGUAUUUUUAUUAUUAUUGAAGUUUGAUUUCGUCUGAUCUGGUCUAUGACUUGAAACCAAUCAAAUUAAAAACAUCCUAAAAGUGAGUUUUUUCCGAAAAUAAUGUCAAACAAAAAAAUAUUUCCCAAAUUAGGGUUAAGUUAAAAGUAUUUCUCAACUUCAGGUUUGACAAAAUAUUGUACCAAGUAUAAUGCAACGUAGCAAUGCACCUAACAUCCAAAAUAAUACGUAGUAUAUAAUGGUGGGUCCCACCCAAAUUAAAAAAACUCCUAUUUUCUUCAAAGUGUUUUAACUACUUUAUUUGUACUUUGAUUGUUAUAAAAAAUAUUUCAAAAAUCAUAACUUUUUAUUAUCUUUAAUAUGACACCAAUAUUCAUUAUAUAAAAAUCAAAAAAUAAAACGGAGGAAAGAGUAUUACAUUUUAGGGAUUUAAAAACUAUUAGUACAUAUUUUGUUUUAUUAAAAUAAGUGUGAAGAAUAAAAUUAGUAGCAAUUUGGCUGAUUUAUGCUAUAAGUGAGCAAAGCACGGAUACUUCAUGGUACACACUUCGUGUACACACUCUUACACACUCAUGUUUGUGAAGACAUUUUUUUUGUCUCCAGACAAAACGUAUUUGACAAAUAAGUGUGUACUCCAAGAUUCACUUCGUUUCAUUUUUUUUUUUCUAAUUGUAACGAAUAGCAAUAUUCAUAAAGUCAAGGCAACGAAAACCUAAUCAACCACUUAGGGACUUAGGGUCUUACAAGUAACAAAAGGAACAAAAGGAACAGAGAUUAAAAAGUAACAAAAGGAAAAGAGAUAUAUUUUACGCAGUAAAUACCUUUAGUCCUCUUUGACGCACAUUAUGACUUGAGACAUCAACAUCAUUUGCAGGAUGACUGCGUUUCUUUGCUGCGCCCUUUGAAGAUAAAUUUUCAAGUCUAUUGAAAUAAUUUACCUGUUAUACACGCACACAUUAAUAUUAUACUCCCUCCGUCCCAUAUUUAACUCCGGUUUUGACCGGACACGGAUUUUAAGAUAGUGAGAUUUGUGUGGUGGAGAGUUAUGCAGAGGAGAGAGAAAUGUGUAAGAAUGGUUGUGAACCACAUAUUCUUUACCAAAAAAGGAAAAAAAAGAUAAAUUUAGGACGGAUCGAAAAAGAAAGAAUGAAGAUAGAUCCGGGACGGAGGGAGUAAUAAUUUUAAAAGUGGGAUACCUCGAGGAUAGUCCUAUCAGGGACUUUCAUGACAAUAAAUGUUUGCCGUCGAGCUUUUCGAUUGUAAUAAGUACCUGUGUUUUGGAACAAAAAAGUAUUACCGAGGAACACAUUAUUUAUUAGUUUUGGUAUUUUGGUGUCAUCAUCGUAAUCAUCCUAAUAAAACACAAAUAUGUUAUAUGUGUUCUCCAUGAUCUCUUUAUGGGAAAAUUCCUGAAAUAAGAGGAAAAAAGUUUGAAAAUUCAAAAACAGGAUUGUUAUAUUUUUAUUCCCAACAGGAAGAUCUGUGGAAUCACAAUUUAUCUCUCUCAACUUGGAUGCCGUGAGGCGGACCUAUAAUUUCAGGAGUUCAUUCAUAAGCUGAAGACGGUUUGCCGAUCGGCGAAUCGUCGCGGAUGGGGAAGAAAUAGAGAGCGUCCCACCAGUUUGGAAAAUACUACCAUGUUUAAAGUAUGGUACUGCCAAAACAUGUCAGUAAUUAGUUCUAUUUUGGAAAUAAAAAUAUGAUAGUCUUAUUUUGAAAUAU